AUGGGGGCACAACAAUCUAAUGAAAAAAGCAGCCUUCUAAAAAAUUUUACGUACUUAAUAGAUAAAGAUAAUAAAACUGGAAAACCGCAAACCUUGAAAUUAAUGUAUUUUGAUUAUUUGAAUUUUUUAAAAUAUGAAAUUGAACAUAAAGCUUGGGAAUGGGAUAUAUAUAAAGAUAUUGUAAAAAAAAAUGGAGGUUCACCGACAGAUGAUAAUUUCUUUUGCGGCUGGAAAGAUAUACAACAAAAAAUAUUUGAAACACUGAAAGGAAAACUAAAAGGUCAAAAUCAAAACUCAUAUGAUUGGAACAAAGAUGCAUUACCUCUAAUAGAUAUAGAACAAAAAAGAAUAAGUACUGCAGCAGAUUGUAAGCAAAAAAAUAUAGAUAUUAAGGAUAUCACAGAAUUGAAAAGUCCUGUUUUUCCAGCUCUAUCUGGAGGAUCGUCAGGUAGUAGUUGUCAAAAUUUAACUAUCGCAGAAGGAUUACACAUACCACUACGUCGUCGAGCACUAUUAGUCGAAGGAAUAGAUAAAUAUAUUAAAGGAAUUAAUGAAAAAAUUACGGACCACGAAACGUUAAAAGACGUUAUACAAAGUAAAAAAGACCCUCAAAGUCAUAUAGGAGAAGUUGCAGUUGAGUUGAAAAAGCAAAUGAUUGAUGGGUUAGGUAAUGACUUUAGCAAACUUAUAAAUGAUAAAUAUAAAGGUACCGAACAUAAAGCUUUUUGUAAAGAAUGGCAACGCACAAUGGAAGAUUACCAUACAUUAUUUUUAGGAGACGAUAUAGUUGAUGAAGAUGGAACUAAAGGAAUUCAAUGUUUAAUAAAACAAAUUGAAGCAAAGAUGAAAGGAAAAGCAACAGAUUUUAAAACAAAAUGGAGUAAACAUUUUAAAGAACUAGUACAAGAUUUACAAACAAAUCAUUUGAAAGACCCAAUUACACAAACACCUUGUAUUAUAUCUUAUGAGAAUAAAACUCAAUGUGUACGCUUUUUUGAAGAAUGGGCAGAAGAGUUUUGUUUACUCAAACGUGAUUUGGGGGAAAUGUUGGUAGAAGAAUGUGGAAAAACACCAAGUGGUGGUAGUAACAAUUGUGAAGGAUUAUGUAAUAUAUAUAAAAAAUUUUUAAAUGAGUCAAAACCAUAUUUUCAGACAUAUAUAAAAACUUGUACAAAUACACAAUAUGGAGGAAAUUCUUCAAAAACAAAGGAAUUACAAGAUAUGUUUACUAAAGCAGCAAAUAAUAGUACGACAGAAUGUUGUAAAGAUAAGGGAGAUUGUACACAAGAACAAUUAUUCGAUCUUAAUGAAGAUAAAAGUAAUAUUAGAUAUAAAUGCUUUUGUGAAAAAGGUGGAUAUUAUAAUCAAAAAGAUAAAAACGCAAAUUGUCAAGAACUGCUAAAACCUGCAGUGACAAGCGGCACUCUGGUUCCUCCACCCGGACAUCCUGUUGCUGGUCUUGGUGUCACCACUAGUAGUGGUCCCAAAACCGUGAUGGAAAUAGCACAAGUGGUACAACAGGAAGCGGAAACACAGUGGAAAAGUCGUGGUGGUGAUAGUUUGAUAGGGGAUAUAUCAAAAGCAAAAUUUAAAGGUGGUGGAAGUAUAAAGAAUAAGAAUGAUGUUUGCCAGCUUGAUAAAGAAAAACAUACUAAUGAUAAACGUACAUAUAAAGCUCAUAUAGUUGAAGAUCAUUUACAUCAAGGACCUUGUACAGGUAAGGAUAAUGAAAAAGUAAGGUUUGUUAUAGGAGGAAAAUGGGAAAAAGGUGGAAAAGAAGUAAAAGAUGAAGAUAGUGAAGUUUUGUUAUCUCCACGUCGUAAGCAUAUGUGCACAUCUAACUUAGAAAAUUUAGAUGUGAAUGGUGCCCCUGGACUCAAAAAUAAUAGUGUGAACGACUCCUUUACUGGGGAUGUACUAUUAGCAGCAAAGGAAGAAACACAACGUAUUAUAGACAUGUAUAAAAAGAACAAUGAUGGUAACGACCAAGCGGGGAUAUGUCGUGCCGUGCGCGCAAGUUUCGCAGACCUUGGUGAUAUCAUAAGGGGGAGAGAUAUUUGGAGUGGGAACGACGAUAUGAAGAGGUUGCAAGAACACUUACAGAAAAUAUUUGAAAAGAUUAGGGACGAAAAAGGAAACGGUAAAUAUAAUACCGACACCGAACCAUAUACACAGUUACGUUCUGACUGGUGGUCGGCCAACCGCGACCAAGUAUGGGAAGCAAUCAAGUGUGUGGUACAGGAUUUAGUGGCCACCACAGAAACAUAUAGUGGUAAAGGAGGAGUGACUGGUAUAUCUGCGGCUUUCUGUGGAUAUAAUGAUACCACACCUGUGGAUGACUACAUACCGCAGAAGUUGAGAUGGCUCACCGAAUGGAACGAAAACUACUGCAAACAGAUGAAAAGGGAUUAUAACGAUGUGGAACAACAAUGUAGGAAAUGCAGGAAUAGCGCACCGUGUGAUAAAGAGAAUGAUAAUUGUGGUAUGUGUUCAGGUAUGUGCAAAGUAUAUGGAGAUAAUGUUAAAGAAUGGAAAACUCAAUGGACAAAACAUGAAGAACAAUAUAAUAAAUUAUACUCGCAAUCAAGUGGUAGCAAAGAAGAGAAGGAAUUUAUGCAACAACUUCAACAAAACAGUAAUAACAAGUAUAAGAAUGCUGAGGAAUUUGUAGAAUCAAUGAAGGGAUACAAAUACUGUAAUGAUACCUUACAGAGAGAAUACAAAAAAGAUAAAAUUGGUCAGGACUAUCAUGUUUUUCAAGAACAACCUAAAGAUUUUAAAGAGGAAUGUGGAUGUAAAACAAAGGAACCGGCAAAACCACCCGGACAGGUUCCACCUGCGGCACCAACACCAAAGAAAUCCCAAGACAUACAAGAUUGUGAGCAAACAUUUAAUGGUGGAAAAAAUGGUACUGUAACCUUGAGUGACUGGGAGUGUACAGAACACACAGAAAUGUGCAUAGACAAAAGUAAACCUAAUCACGAUAUUACUAAUUAUAGUAAGAAGUUUGAACAAAUUUUUAAAGAAUGGUUGACAUCUUUUUUCGAUGAACAAACAAAAGUGAAAGAUAAAUCGAACGAAUGCACAAAUUUAAAACCAUCAUCAAAUUCAGGUACGUGUUCUGGUGGUACUUGCGAAAAAGAAUGUGAACAACAUAGUUGUAAAGGUAAAUGUCCUUGUUAUGAAAAAUGGGUAAAAAGAAAAAACCAAGAAUGGAAACAUUUAAAAAAAUAUUAUAAUGAAUUUAGUUCGAUAGAUCCACUUACAUGGAUGAAAAGUAGUUUUAACAGGAUUAAAAAUGCAGACGAAUAUGUAAAAGGAAAGAAACAAAGUGACCUUGACUCAUAUAAAAGUUCGAAUACUACACUUAAGAAAAAACCUAUCACCAUAGAAGACAUACUUAAACACGAGACGUCCCAAGUGACCGAAUGUUUGAAAAACUGUCCCAUAAAAAUUGGUUGUGAAAAAAAAGGGUUCAAAAACGAUUGGAACUGUGAACCUAGUGGUACCGGAGCGAGUGGUAGUAACAAGAACAUGUGUACCAAAACCGAAGGAGAUGACGAUGACACAAAAAAACAAAAACAACAACCACCCCCACCUAGUGAUACCACUGAAAUGUUUUAUAAUUUGUUUAAUGAAUGGUUGCAUGAUAUGGAACAGAUGUUGGGGACAAGCAAAACAUUAGUGGAAAAAGCGUGUAGUGGUACAACACAUAGUGGGACACCAGGUGGUGGUAGUGCCACUGGUGGUAGUAGUGGCCGCGAUUGUAAGGAAUGUAAGGAGUUAUGUGGGUGUUAUGAGGAGUUGAGAGGUACAAUUAAUACACAAUGGACUAAACAACAAGAACAUUAUGGCAAACAUAAAGAUAAAGGUGAUAAUACGAUGAAAGAUAUUGCACUUAAUACUUAUUUAGAUGCACAAUGUCUUAUAAAUGAAGCUGUAAAAACAGAAACACCAGAUAGUGUACAACAGGAUUUUGAUAAUGUACAAGCAAAAUGUGAAACACUGAAAUAUGGACAACCGAAUUUUGUGCAGGGAAUAUUAGAAAAUGCUAAAAAAACACAAUCUGUAUGUGAGGAGUGCAAAGAUGAUCCACAACAAAAAGGUCCGAUAACUGGAUGUAGCCAAAUUGAUAACAUUGAAGAUAAUGAUUGUAGAGAAAAGGAAUAUGAUGGUUUUAAAGACGAUAACGUUACAGAGAAAAAAACGUGGUCGUGUAAAAAUAAUAAACCUCCAUCAACAGAUGUUUUAAAAGAUGUUUGUGUUCCUCCUAGAGGACAAAGUAUAUGUGUAGCAAACAUGUAUGAUACUAAAAACAAAACCUUAAAACCAAUCGGUACAGUAGAUGAUUUGAAAAAAAAAUUAGAAGCUGCUAUAAAAAAAGAAACAACACGUUUAUGGCAAAAAUUUGGAACAAAUGAUAAAGAUAAAGCAUGUAGAUUAACACAUAGAAGUUUGAACGAUUUUAAACAUAUUGUAAUUGGUGAUAUGUUAUGGAAACCUGGAAGUAUUAAAUCAAUAGAAGAUAAAUUUGGUACAUUAAUAAAACCAAAAACUGGUAAUACCCUUACUACUGAAGAUAGAGAAAAAUGGUGGAAAGAACAUGAGUCGGAAUUUUGGGAUGCAGUAAAAUGUGGCAUAAAAGAAAGUGGUGCACCUGGUGCCACUGGCAAUGAAUGCCCCCGGUUUAUUAGUGAUGAUGACCAAUUUGAAUGGUGGGCAAAAGAGUGGUCGGAGGACUACUACGAUAAGAGGUACCACUUGGUGAAGGAUAUGGAUGAGACGUGUAAGAGUAGUACAUGUGAUAAUAGUAAGAAUAUACGUAAUGGAGAAUGUGGAAAAAAAUGUAACGAAUAUAAAUCUUUUCUUGCACUUAAACGGAAAGAGUGGACAAAAAAUUUCCAACCAUAUUUAAAAGAACAAGAAACGAAGAACCCUGAUAAAUAUUCUGAAGAAAUUUUUUAUUUAUUAAACCCUUGUACUUAUCAGAGUUGUGACAAUAAAUACAUGACGGCAUUACUAAGUACCAAAGAUUAUGGGGAUAAAGAAAAAAUAUGUACAUGUGAUACGACACCGGAUGAAACCGACCCAUGUGAUACCAAAUUUGAACAUUACGGUUGCAAUGAAAAAAAGUAUAGAGAUAUAUGGAGUACAGUGAGUGUCAGAAACCCCGUGGAUCGUAAACGUGUGUACGCUCCCCCGCGCCGUAACAGUAUGUGCAUAGGUUGGUUGUUUUCACCAAUAAUAAGUGGUGACACACAAAAAAGUGGUGGUACUAAAAGUGGUGAUAUGACCAAAGAUAAAGCCAAAAACCUGUUAAAAGAAAAAUUAAUUAACGCAGCAAGAGGUGAGGCACACUACCUAUGGACAUACUACAAGGGAAAAAAUGGUAUCACCCCUACCGCUAGUGGUGAACCAAGUAAGUAUUGCCGCGCCCUCGUACGUAGUUAUUACGACUAUGGCGAUAUGAUCAAAGGUACCGAUCUGUGGUCCGCGGGGUAUUCGUCACUCGUGGAGAAAAAUAUCCGCGACGUGUUUGCCAUGGACGAUAGUGGUGGUACUAAACCGAGUGAUAUGGACAUAGCGGAUGAUCGCCGCAAGUGGUGGGAAUCGGUACGUAAAGAUGUGUGGGCCGCAAUGCAGUGUAAAACCACUGGCAUCUGUGACCCCACUGGCGAUGUCCCCACCACUUAUGAAAACCACGAUCAGUUUUUGCGUUGGUUCCUCGAAUGGGGAGAAAACUUUUGUGAACAAAAACAGGAGUAUAUGACGCAGUUGGACGAUAUAUGUAUUAAAAAACAAUGUAACAGUAUGUGCGGGGGAACCACUUGCGAACCCUGUCAAAAGCAAUGUGCUAAAUAUCAUAAUUGGUUAUUAACUAAAAAGAAUGAAUGGAAUGGUCAAAAAAGUAAAUAUACGGAGGAAUAUAAAAAUAACAAGGGAAUAAAUUAUAGUAGAUAUGAAGAUACGAAGGAACGACCUCACACCUAUCUACAAAAAAAAGCAAAUGGAUGUAAAGAUGAAGAAUUUAAUAAAUUAUUUAAGAGACAAGAUAAAAACUAUCAACCAUACAGAGUAAAAUGUAAAAAAUGUAUAGAGAAAUUAACGAAAGAUAUUGUAGAAAAUAUUAAAAGCGGAAAAAAACCUGGUACCGCUAAACCAGAAGAUAUCCAUUCGUUAUGUAAAGAUCCAUGUAAUAUAGACGAUCAAGGAAAGUUUAAAAAAAUUAUUGGUGAGGAGGACUAUGAUAAAAUUAAUGGUAAAGAUAAUUGUAAAGGACUGAACUCGUCAGCAAUAAGUAAAGAAAUAAAAUGGAAGAACACAGAUGAUGGAGAAUAUAAACAUUUGAAGACAGAUCCUAACUACCAAAAUGACCCUGUAUCUGAAAAUGUAUAUAUUCCUCCUAGAAAACAACGCUUAUGUUUUAAAGGACUUGAUGGCUCUAUUAAUAAUGUUGAUAAUGAAGAUAAAUUGUUCGAACAUUUGAUGAAACUUUCUGCAAUUGAAGGACAUAAUUUAGGAGAAUAUUAUAAAAACAAAAAUGGCACAAAAGAUGGGUAUGAUUAUGAAGUUAGUCCCUGUAAUGCGUUAAAAUAUAGUUUUUUUGAUUUAAGAGAUAUUAUUAUAGGAUACGAUAUGUUGGAACCUGAGAAAACUAAUACGGGGAAAAACUUAAUUGAAAUAUUUAAAAAAGAUGAUGAUGCUAACGGCACCCCUGGCAGCACGUAUCGUAGAAAUUGGUGGACCCAAAACAAAGACUGUGUCUGGAAAGCUAUGGUAUGUGGUUACAAAAAAAGUGGCGCCAAUGCACUAAGUGGUUGCGACCAACCUAGUGGUGAACCUAUAGGUGAUGACCGCCCUAGUGGUACUGCACACCAAUUUUUACGAUGGUUUGCCGAAUGGGGAGAAGAUUUUUGUAAAAAAUACCACGUGGAGUUGGGGAAGUUGGAUAAGGCAUGUGUGAGUUGUACUCCUAAUGGUACAACAUGUCCGAAUAAUGGUAAAUGUGAUGAGUGCAGAAAUGCGUGUCAAACAUAUAAAGCAUUUAUUGAAACGUGGAGACCUCAAUAUGAAAAACAAAGCAAAAAAUUCAAGGACGAUAAAUCAUCAUAUGAAAAGGAUAGUGAUGCAAAACAAUCAACCCAUGCUUAUCAAUAUUUGAACAAAAAAAUAAAAAAAUUUUGUUCAAACAGUGGUACAAAUAGUGGUACUAAUAUAAGUUGUGAUUGUAUGAAAAACCCAUCUACACAAACCACGUCACCCACCAGUGAUACCCCCAAAUCUUUGGAUCAACUACCUAGUGAGUAUAAAUCACGCUGCGAGUGUGAUGCCACUAGUGCUAAACCCGCUGCUGUGAAACCACAAGAAGAUAUAUGUGAGAAGGUGGAGAAAUAUAUUAAAGAAAAUGAAGAUCCAAGUAAAGGAAAAAAUAAUCGAUGUAAUCCAAAAGUGAAUGCAGAUUGGGAUUGCGGUGGGAAACCUAAGAGUGUAGUUUUUGGAAAAGGAGAAUGUAUGCCACCUAGGAGACAAAAAAUGUGCAUAAAAUAUUUAAAAGAAUUUUCUGUUAAUUCAAAAACAAACGAAGAAGCUUUAAAAGACGCAUUAAUCAAAUGUGCAUCACUAGAAACUUUUUUGUUAUGGAAAAAAUAUAAAGAAGAUAAACAAAAAGAAAAUCCAUCAAUAAAAGCGGACCAACUCGAUAAAGAAUUAAAACAAGAAGGAAAAAUUCCUGAAGAUUUUAAAAGACAAAUGAUCUAUACUUAUAGUGAUUUGAAAGAUAUGAUAAUAGGAAAAGAUAUAGGUAAUGAUAAUGGCAAAGAUAUAAAAGGUAAGGUGACGAACGUUUUAAAAAAUGACAAAAGUGGCAAAUAUAAUAGUCAAAGUGAUGACCAAAAACGCCAAUCCUGGUGGGAUGGAAUAAAAGAGGACGUAUGGAAAGGUAUGUUAUGUUCAUUAAGUUAUAAUGAAGGAACACAAAAAGUGGAAACAAAUGUUAAACAAAAACUGGAAAACAAAGCCAAUAACAACACGUACGAUACAGUGAAAUUCAGUGGUACCACUAGUGACGGCCUCGCGGCUUUCGCCUCUCGGCCUCAGUUCCUCCGCUGGAUGACCGAAUGGGGGGAACACUACUGUGUGACACAGAAAAAACACUAUGACGAGGUAAAAACACAGUGUCAGAAAUGUACUCUAGAUAGUGCUAGUACUAGUGCCACACCAACAUGUGAAAAAACUGGUACAAAAGGGAAAUCAUGCUUAGAAUGUCAAAAGAAGUGUGAAGCAUAUAAAACAGAAGUACAAAGAUGGAAAGGUCAAUGGGAAAAACAACAAACAAAAUACGAAACAUUGUACAAACAAGCAACAAGUGGUACUGUUACUACCGCAACAGCAGAUCCCGUGGUCACAUACCUAAAAACCCAAACCAAAAAUAGUGGUACCACCGAGUAUUCUAGUGCUGGAAAAUAUUUGACAAGUGAAGGAUUCAUAAGUGGGUGCGAAAAACAAAAUAAAUUCGAGAACAGUGGUAACAACUAUGCGUUUAGUGAUUACCCCGAUACGUAUAAAAAUGAGUGUACGUGUAAGGAUAAAGUGGUGGUACCAGUACCGACACAAACCCCUGGUAGUGUUGACCCUGGUGUUACAACCAUUACUACUAAAACUCAAGAUGGAAGAGGACAAGUUGUAAUUUCUACUAUCGCCUCAAGUGACCCCCCUGAACCACCUGAUCCAAAUACUGUCCCCCAAGGUGGUGGUGGUACAGGUGGUAGUACAAGUGGACCCAUGAAAGAAGAAAUAUGUAAAAAUAAUGGAACUAUAGAGUGUGACAAAGUGAAACAUGACGGCGAAAUACCUGUCCCUAUGGAUCCACAAACUGGUGACACUAAUCGUAACAAAGAUGGAACCACAGAUAAAUGUGGUGGAAUACCUAGUGAUAUGUCAGAUAUUAAGUGGAAAAACAAAAACGACGAUAAAGAUUACCAUAAGUUGGAUAAUGGUGUGUACGUUUCGCCCAGAAGACAAAAAUUAUGCGUACAUGAUCUAGACAAAUCUACAGACAAAGAUACGGUAAAAAAAAAUUUAUUAACCGUUGCUGCAAAUGAAGGAUAUAAUCUAGGAAUUAAAUAUGAUGAAUAUAAAGAAACAUAUGGUGUAUCUCCUUGCAAUGCAUUGAAAUAUAGUUUUUAUGAUUAUAAACAUAUAAUUGAAGGAACAGAUCAUUUAGAAGAUGAUAAAAAGAACAUAGAACCGAAAUUGAAGAAAAUAUUUACAAGUGGUGGCCAAUCUGGUGGUGAUCGCAAAACGUGGUGGGAUAAAAAUAAAUCAUGUGUAUGGGAAGCUAUGAAAUGUGGGUAUAAAAGUGGUAGAGAAAAAGGUGGAAAUAGUGCACCAGAUAUAAACAAUUGUGGAGAUAUUCCAACUGAAUUUGAUAAUAGUGAUCAAUUUUUGAUGUGGUUUAUUGAAUGGAGUGAAGAUUUUUGUACGAUACGUAGUAAAGAGGAAAAAGAGGUAACUAAUAAAUGCGUUCAUGCAACAUGUCAAACACAUAAAGGUAAAAUGGAAACAAAUAUUGAUGAAUGUAAUAAUGCAUGUAAUAAUUAUAAAAAAUAUAUUACAGAUAAAAAAAAUGAAUACACUAAGCAAAAAGAUAAAUUUACUUCUGACAAAGCAAAGCACCCCUUACCUCAAGGAUAUAAUGAAGCACAAAAUAAAGAACCCUAUCAAUAUUUGAAAGAAAACUCUUUGAAUAAUCAAUCUGGUUGUCUUUCUGAAAAAUUUAGUGAUGAUAAGAAAUGGGAAAAACCUUCAGAUACGCUACCUGAACACAUUAGAGAAAAAUGCGAUUGUCCUGAACCUCCUAAACCUAAAUAUUGUGUAGAACAAACCGCUAAUGAAGUAACAAAUGAAGCAAAGAAAAAUGUAGAUGAUAUAUUAAAAGGAACUAAUAAUAUAUAUAAUGGAAAUUGCAGGGACAUAGAUAAAACUGAAUAUAUGUUAACAAAUGGAGGAACAUGUAAAUUUAACGAUAAUUUUUGGACCCCAAAUAAAACUUCUAUUGAUGAAUGUAAAAGCAACGGAAAAACGCGUUUUGAAAUAGAGAAAAAAUGGGAUUUCCAUACACAAAAAACGGUAGGAAAUAAAAACAUAUGUGUUCCUCCUAGAAGAAAAGAUAUGUGUUUGAACAAAUUGGAAGAUAUUGAUGAUAAAACUGUUACUGAUAGUAAUGCGUUACUUCAAAAAAUUCAAGAAGUAGCAAAAAAUGAAGGAGAUGAUAUAAUAAGACAACUAUUACCUAAAAAUCCUUGUAAUGAAGAUGUAAUUUGUAAAGUUAUGAAGUAUAGUUUUGCAGAUUUGGGUGAUAUUGUUAGAGGAAGAGAUAUAUUAAUAAGUAAUAAUGGUAAUGUUAAUGAAAUAGAGAAAAAAUUACAAAAGGUUUUUGAAAAUAUACAAAAAGAAAAUACUAUAAAAUCCAAAUAUCCGGACAUUACAUCUGACUUGCAUAAAUUACGUUCUGAUUGGUGGGAUACAAAUAGAGUAUCAAUUUGGAAAGCUAUGACCUGUUCUGCACCAAAUGAAGCAAAAAUUUAUGUAACCGAACAAGGAGGAUACAUUUCUCUUUUAACUAAAACACUAAUUAAAUGUGGACAUAAGGAUAAUCCUCCCGAUUAUGAUUAUAUCCCGCAAACGUUUCGCUGGAUAAGUGAAUGGAGCGAAAAUUUCUGUAUGUACCAAAACCAUUUAUUGGAAACGAUGAGAAAUUGUGAAAAUUGUAGCAAAAACACUAACAAAUGUGAACAAAAAAUUUAUGGAGCAUGUAGGGAAUGUAAAGACAAAUGUAAGACAUACAGUGAAUUUGUUGAUAAAUGGAAGAAACAGUAUGGUGUGUUGAACGAAGCGUACAAAGAAAUAUAUACUAAAGCUACAACUAGUGGAGGUGCAAGUAAUAAUGUUGAUGAAAAUACUAAAAAUUUUGUAACUAAAUUGAAAGAAAAAUGCAAAGAUAUUGACACUUCAGAUAAAUAUCUUCAAAAGGGAAGUGCUUGUCGAAGAUUUAAAUUUGGAGAAAAUGAUAAAUCUAAGAAUGAUUAUGCUUUUCAUACAGAACCCCUUAGAUAUAAAGACCAUUGUGAUUGUGCUCGUAAUUUUGAUCUAUUAGAUGAAUGUCCUGUUAUUACUAAUGUAUGUAAUAAAUAUGGUAAGGGACUUUGUAAAAGAAAAAACCUCGACAAAGAAAAAGAUGAAUGGAAAAAUCACCUUCUAAAAGUUCAAAAUACAGGAAUUUUAGUUCCUCCUAGAAGGAGACAGUUAUGUUUUACACGCAUUAGAAACUUUUAUCCUAGAAUCAAAGAUGAAAACACGUUUAAGGAAUAUGUUCUAGAAGAUGCAUCCAGAGAAGCAAAAAUGUUGAGGGAUUUCUAUAAAAAAGACAACCAAAGUGAUAUAUUGUUGGAUGCUAUGAGAUACAGUUUUGCCGAUAUAGGAAAUAUUGUUAAAGGUGAUGAUAUGUUGGACGAUUUAGAACGUGUACAAAAUCAUUUAAAUGAAAUAUUUAAAAAAACUGGAAGUGGAAGUGGAACUGGAACUAAUGAUAUAUCUCAGAAUCGUAAAAAAUGGUGGAAUGAAAAUAAAGAAAAAGUCUGGAAUGUUAUGAUGUGUCAUUAUCAUGGAAAAGAGAAAACAACAAGUACAUGUCCAAAACACGGUGAUAUCGAUAAAGAAGAUCAGUUUUUAAGAUGGUUUACUGAAUGGACAGAAAAUUUCUGUAGAAGGAGAAACGAAUUGUAUGAUAAGUUAAACGCUGAAUGCAAAUCUGCCAGAUGUGAUACUGAGAAAGGAAAAAUAGAUAAAAAUGGCUGUGAAACUGCCUGUAAAAAAUAUAAAAAUUUUAUUUUAACAAAAAAAAACGAUUACCAAUCACUAAAGACUGAAUACGAUAAGAAUUAUAAAUCAUCCAGAGGACAAAAUAAAGAUGUUCAUGAAUUCUUUAAGAGGAAAUGUAAAGGUAAAUGCGACUGUCUUUCUAAAAAUUUUUAUGUUGAUACAAAAUGGGAAAAUCCUUAUGAUACAUUUGACUUUUCCAGCCAUAAACUUAAAUGUGAAUGCAAAAAAAUUGAUAACUCAACUCCUGCAGUAGUACCCCCAGCUGCGGCAGAAAAAAAAAAUGAUAAAGAUGUAAAACCAGAACCUCCUGCUGUUCAGCCAGAUUCAGGUGGUGGAUCACAACCCGUAACACCCUCGGCACCUUCACCCUCAGCACCUGGAGGAACCAUAACACCAUCAAAUCCACAAAAUGAUGAACCAUUUAAUACUGACAUUUUAAAUACUACUCUUCCUGUUGGAAUCAGUUUUAUAUUAGGUUCGAUUGCUUUACUGUUUUAUUUGAAGAAAAAGCCCAAAACUUCUGCUGUGGAUAUUUUUCGUGUCCUUGAUGUACCACAAAACGAUUAUAACAUACCUGAUGAAACAUCCACUAAUAGAUAUAUACCUUAUAGGAGUCAAUAUAAAGGCAAAACAUAUAUAUAUGUCGAAGGAGAAGAAACGGACAAUUAUGUUCGCGACAUAUCUUCCUCUGAUAUUACUUCAUCUUCUGAAAGUGAAUAUGAAGAACUUGAUAUUAAUGAUAUAUAUCCAUAUAGAUCGCCAAAAUAUAAAACUUUAAUUGAAGUGGUACUAAAACCUAGUACAAAUAAUAAUGUACAAGAUACUUAUACAAAUGAUGUGAAAGAUAAUAGUGAUAUACCCACCGAUAAAUUUACUGAGGAAGAAUGGAAUCAACUGAAACAGGAUUUUAUUUUGAACAUGUUACAAACUUAUAAUAUGGAUAUACCUGAAAAUCUAAGUGGACAUACGUUCAUGGACCCACAACCUGAUACUGUGGAUAAUAGUGUAGGAGAAAAAGCUUUCAUUACACAAAUCCAAGAUAGAGUUUUACAUGGUGAUAGCGAUGUUUUUAGUUAUAAUAUUAAUUGGAAUAUUCCCGAAAAUAUUUAUAGGACUACUAAUAAUUUGGAUGAUUCAAAAUAUGUUUCAAAUGAUCAAUAUACUGGAAUUGAUUUAAUCAAUGAUUCGUUAAACAGUGAUCAACAUAUUGAUAUAUAUGAUGAAUUAUUGAAAAGAAAAGAAAAUGAAUUAUCUGGAACAAAAAAUCCAAAAAAUACAACAACAAAUAGUGUUGUGAAAGAAACAUAUAGUGAUCCUAUAAAUAAUCAAAUAGAUUUGUUCCAUAAAUGGCUAGAGAGACAUAGAGAUAUGUGCAACAAAUGGAAUAAUAAAGAAGAAAUAUUAGGUAAAUUGAAUGAAAAAUGGAAUAACGAAAAUAAAGAACAUGUAUUAGAUAUACCCUUGAAUGAUGAUGAUAUUAAUAGAAUUAAUGAUGAAAAUUAUAAUAUGUUUAAUGCAAACAAUUUAUAUGAUGAUUCAAAUAUAAUAUCUCUUGAACAUCAUGGAUCUACAAAUAUUCCAUAUAAUGAUCUUGCAACUCAAAAUAAUGGAUUUCAUACAAAGAAGUUACGAUCAAAUAUAUCAAUGGAUAUACAUUUUGAUGAAAAUAAUAUACAUGUGGAUGAGAAUAAUAAUAAUGUGUUAUCCACUAAUGUAACACAUGACGACGAUCAGUUGGAAAAUUUUUACAAUUUUUGA